GGUUUGAACACAGUGUCCCCUUGCCUCAGGAUCAAAUUGAAUUGUAACAGAAUUUUUUUUUAUCGAAGCGACGGUGUUUCGGCUUGAAGUGUCUGCAUUAAAGGCUAUUUAUUGCCUUUAGGUGUUCCCCUCAGUUCUACGGCAGCGUCACAUUCGAACCAGGAAGCAAAAAAUGUGGAUCCUCUCCACCAACACACAAAAAUGGACCACGAGAUAGCACAUUUUGCCCUGCUGGUUUGCUUUGGCCUGCUCCUGGAACCGUCCGGUGCAUCACAUACAAUUCUGUCCGCCUUAACAGCUGGGUAUUUGCUCCCAUGCGGCGAUACGAGCUGCCGUGAGGAUACGGAAGUGUGCAAAGAAGACCGCUACUGUGACUGUAGGCCUCACUUUGAAGAUCUCGGAUCGCUCGAAUGUGUGCCGUGCCCGGGUGAAGGACAGUUUUGUCGGGAUUGCUGUAUAAGCGAAGCACUCACCUGCUAUCGUGGAAUCUGCCAACGAUGCGCUGUUGAUAGUAGUGGAAACUGCAUCAGCCAAGAGUCAUUGUUUUUCUUGACUGCAGCCCAAGUUGCGCUAGCCACCGCGAUGGUACUUGGGGUGAUAUCCUUGAGCUUUCUACUGUACAAAACUCUUCGCUCUCGAUUGAGGCGGAAUAAUUCGACUGCAGAAAGGGAAGUCCGUCAAUCGGUCGUUAGCCGUGUGUCGUUGUCAUCGAUACAACAGCGAGUGGUUCGCCGUUUACGGGAUCGUCCGCCAAAGUAUGAAACAAGGCACAACUAUGAGCACCACCAAAGGCAAAACAGCCAGCAAAAUGCCCCGUCUAACACUUCCGAGGAUGCAACUGGGGAUCGAUCCAUUCCCGUGGGGGGUCCACCGCCCGCAUACGAAGGAGACACUUUGUCGUUAGCAGAAAAUCCCCCUCCGUAUACGCCAGAGUCAGUAAGUGGAGAUCAAAUUGCAGUGAUCGAUAUUUCUUCACCAGUUGCACCAGAUCCCCUGCCGAACACAGGCGCUUCGAAUGGCCCGAGGUGUUCGCAAGGAAUCAUUAAUCAAGUCUUCGAGCCAGAUAAGGUUGAUCCUCCGCCGGCCGCGCAGUCGAUCGACGGAACAAGCGAAGCACGCGCCAAGGAUGGGUGCUACGACAUUCGUCUAGUCAAUAACGAUGAUAAGGUGGUGUACAUGUAACAAAUAGGUUAAGGUGCGUCUGGGACCAGAAGCAGUCCAUUGCCGUUUUGUAUGACGAUAUUUGUAAUUUUGUUCUUUUUUAUACUGUUUAAAAAAAUCAAACGAAAGGAUUGUAUUCCUCGA